AUGGAUUUGAGGGCGCGUUUAUUGUCUGAAACCUCGAAACAAUGGUUUAAGCUAUUACAUGCUAAAGUGAUCGUUAGUAGGUCAGUUGACCCGUACUUCAACUUGGCUCUCGAAGACUUUCUGUACUCUAACAGUAAAUCUGCUAGAUCUUUAGUUCUAUACACAAACACCCCUAGUGUGAUUAUCGGAAGAAAUCAAAACCCUUGGGUGGAAGCCAACGUGAGGAAAUGCAGAAGCAAUUUGAUCAACAUUAUUCGCCGGAAAUCUGGAGGUGGUACUGUGUUUCAUGAUCUAGGAAAUGUGAAUUAUAGCCUUUUGGCGAACCGAAACGAAUUUUCACAUACAAAGGGAGCUGAACUGAUACUUAAGGCUCUUCAAGAAUUAAACAUAGAAGCAGAGCUUAAUCAGCGCCAUGAUAUUGUUUUAAAGGAAACAAAACAAAAAAUAAGUGGUUCCGCUUACAAGAUCAGCAAAGGGAAAACUUACCAUCAUGGUACAAUGCUUCUCGAUUCGGAUUUGGAGGGAAUUAGCAGGUAUUUAAAAAGCACAACGAAGGGAAUUAUUUCCAAAGGUGUUUCAAGUACCCGAUCGGAUGUUGCAAAUGUAAAACUUGCUCGAGUAGAUUUUCUAAAGGAAGCAAUCAUAAGCUUUUUACAAUACGACAAUGCUCGGCAUUCCUCUGGAAGUAAUCCCACCAUUUCUUUAAAUGAUCAAGAAAGCAAAGACUCUUUUUUUGGAGAGAACAUUAUGUUUGUGGAUUCAAAUGAUCUGGCUGGCGUGCCACAUAUCAUGAAAACCAUGCAGGAACUCAAAUCAUGGGAUUGGACCUUUGGACAAACACCGUUCUUUAAGCAGUUCAUAACUACAAAUACUCUACCUAUCGGGAAUCAUAUGGUUGAACUUGAUAUAUCUAUACGGCAUGGGAAAAUUGAAAACUUCAUUCUUACGAGCUCAAAUAACCGACUUCAACAAGAAAUAAUGAAUUAUCCUUGGAAAGGGAUGGCAUAUGAAUUGGGCUUUAUCAAUUCUCUUAUGAUAAAUAGCAUUCCUAGUUCAGAAGCAUUGGUUGUUCUCGAUUGGAUAUCCAAAAAUAUUUAA